AUGCCUCACUUCGGGUUUCGCCAGUCCAAGUCACCCCGACUCGGUAAAACGGCUGGCUCGGAUAGCGACAGCACUGCGGACUGGGGACGGGAAUACCACAACCAGCAACGUCUAGCGCGCGAGGCUCAAGGAUGGAAGACUCUGCUCAAGCCGUCGGUCAUCGGAGCUACGAUUGCCGUCGCAGGACGCAUCCUCAUCGGACCCCUCGCUCUACUUCGGCUGUUUGUCGGUACAAAUUAUCUAUCGGACGCCACGGUCCUCAUCAAGGCGGAAGACAGCAUUUUCGCCUUCACUCAGAACGAUCUGUCGAUGGCUGGCGGGUGCACGGGCUGUCUGGGUCCAUGCAAGAUCGUACUGUUAAAGUACUCGCUGUACAACGGGAGCGCGUUCAUCAGCUCUCCGGACUUCAAAGCUUUUGGUUCACUUGGGCCGACUGAAUCGCUGUACGACUUCAGUGUUCUCAGUGACGAAGACAUUGCUCUUGGAGCAGCUCUUGAUGCCAGCGGGGCGAUUUGUCAGAGUGGGAUAAACGAGUGGGGGUCAACCACGAACCUGGAGCUGGGCAUCGAACAAGCUGAUCAAUGCGUCACCAAGUGGAACAUGAUCGCCAUCACUCGGCUUUUCCAGUAUCCGACCACUGUAGGCGACACAAACUUCGCCAAGAUUCCAGCCGUCGACUUGAACGUGUUCCCUGACUACACGGAGUGCCGCCCCGUUGUGGCGAACGACGACAGCCUUGUUGUCUCCAAGUUGGCGCUCGCUACAAAAGGAGAGGACUUGUUGGUCAAGGUUCCUGAAAUUUUGACUUUGUUCCCACGACGUCCAACGGGUGACGUCUGCAUCCACAACUAUUUCAACUCGCUGUGGGAAUGGGUCAACUACAUGACAGCAGAUCGCCCUGAUCGCAUUGGUAUGAACCUCAACACGUUCCGUAGUCGCUAUGCUGACACUGUCGGGAUAAGCGUACUACCCGAAAUUGUCGUCGCCCAGAUCCUUCUCAUGGGGGUUAUCAGUCUCUACCAGGUGAUGUCACACAAGCGAUCCGUGCUCCUCACCCAGAUUUGGGCUUAUCGAUGCCAGAACGGGCGCAUGCAGGUGGUCUACCUCGCACAAAUUUCGUACCACCUCAUCUACAACUCGGACCUGUACAUGCUUGGGCUGGCCACUGGAACCCUGACCGGGGAAUCAAUUGCCAACCUCACGUGCUGCUUCUUCGCCUUCUCGUACUCUUUCAUCGACUUGGUCAAGGCGCGAUCGGGAGACCAGCAGCUGGACCGCCACUUCCGUCUCGUAUGGGAGGCCAUGCAGAUCGUGAUCACAGUUGCAGUCGGAUCUUUUCUCCUCUCGUGGCAGAAGUCCCCGUUUGAGUCGAUCCUGUCCAAGAACGCUGAGAUUUUGCGGAAAACAUCCACCCGUGGCGCCAAGUACUGUGGCUUGAACGAUUCCUGCAUCCUUUUCACGCACAACACGCCGUCCGUCGUGACGAUCCUGUCUGUGAUAUUGGGCGUGGCAGCUCUACUCGCGUCCUUCAUAGUGAAAUUGUUGAGUCCAAAAGUCAAGAGUGCUGUGCGGUCUGCUCGACUGUCGCUGGCUUUGGCCACGAACGGGAUCGGUACGGCUCAGGAACUCGCGCGAGCUCCAAAAAUUGAGCCUAAAAGCGCUUUUGGUGCGAAGAAAGAGGCGUAUCUGGAUACUUCUUCAGUGGAAGAUAACCUCACUUCAUUCGAGAGGAACUGCAUCGGUGCACCGUUCAAGAAACUCUUCCGAGACUGUGACGACAUGGCUUACGUCAUGUACAAGGGAAAAAAAUGCACGACUGUCGAGGCGCUACUUCUCACAGGGUACCUCUUCCAUGGUGAGCACAUCUAUCAGGCGUCCGCAGUGAUGCUACUACUGCUUGCACGGUUAAUUCCGAGAAGGGUCCUUCGCACGUUUAACUUGCUGCUGCUGCGCUGGCACCUUGACCCGAAAGAUGGUACGCUGUCUCAUGCACUGUCGUGCACCUGGUAUACUGCGAGCAAGGAGGAUCAUCAGCUGGCUGGAGCGACCCCUGUAGCCUGA